AUGGAGGAAGGAACUGCUUUUGUACGUGAAGGAGACACUAUACUCCUUUCUUAUGAAGUGAAGGGUCAAAAGUUAUUUCUUUACUCAAUGCAGCCAAUCAGGAGUAAAGAUAAAAAUGACAGAGCUUAUGAAGCAUGGGACAAGUAUGCAUUCAAUCAACCCUCACUUCAUCCUUUAGCGUAUGAUGAGAUUAAGGAAAGGGCCAUUCCACCAAAUGUCCAUUAUCUAUCAUUCAAAGUUAUACCAGAAUUAUUAAGUGAAGAGUCUUUUCAGGAUGAUACACAUGUUAGAAAAGACACUAGUUAUUGCAUGAAGCUUGUGUAUGGAAGAAAAAUCAAGCUGUUGCAUAUGGGCUCUAAGAUGUAUUUAUCUUUGUCUUGUUCCAGUGAAGGAGAUAAAUAUAUCACUUUUAGACCUGAAUAUGAUGAAAGAACGUGCCUCUUUAUUGUUCAUCUGCCAAAUGAAGAGAAACAAUUUGGAGAUGCAGUUUGUUCUGGUGAUACCAUAUUUCUCAAGUCAUCCUUUGAGCCUUCUUAUAUAGUCAGUAAUGAGGAUGACAAUAAGCUAUCUGUGAGUGAUUCAAUUUGUGACAGCAUUGGAUUUACUGUGUCCUUACAUAGAAGUGUUAAAGCGAAUUCUGGUUCCAUUAGAGGAGGAAGUGUUGUGAGACUCUCCUGUCUGGAGACAGAUGCUUUUCUUCAUGGGGAAGGCUCAACAUUAGACCCUAGUAUAUGGACAAGAGGACUUGAACAUUUUAGACAAGAGGGACUGUUCAAGGUUGGCUUUACCCAAAAAAGGAAACUACCUAAUGGAGUUCACAAGCCAUUACCUGUUUCUGGGGAUUGUUAUUGGCUACUAGAGAAAUGGGAUAAACCACUGGAUGGUACACCCUUUAAAUUUGAUGAUAAAUGUUCUUUGAGACACUUACAAACACAGAGAUAUCUUGCACUGAAUAAUAAAAGUGGAGAAUUCGAACUGGUAGCAGUCAACGGAAUUGGAAGUCGAGGCUAUCAAUACAAAUUCAUAAUUGAACCUGCAACUCCUAAUACUGAUUCAUCAAUUGAAGAAGUACAGCAAGAUUCUGAGAUAAUGCUAAAGGUGGCUGACAGUAAAAGCAAUGCAUACUUAUCACUGGACACAAAGAAAAAGCCAUUUAGAGACUCAAAGAAGAGACAAAUUAGUACUCAGUGGCUAAGAAUAGUAAAGUGCAGUGAUCUUAGUGAUGACUGUGUAACAAGAAAAAAGUGUAUCAUCAAAGUUGGAGAAGUUGAAAAGAAGUCAUUAUUUAAAUUAUAUUUUGCCAAAAGUGUUAAGAGUAUAUUGCAAGAGAUUUUAGUACGAAAUCCUGUUCCACUAGAAGAAUAUGCUUUAACUUUGAAUCCUAAUGAUGAAGAGACAUGCUUGGAUGUGUUGCAAUGUGUAAGUAAAUGGCUCAAAAAAGGAUUAUCCACUACAAGAAAGACUCGUGGCAAAAUAUCACGUAGCAGUGAAGUCAUAGCUUUGUUGGUUAAUUUUCUUUGCGUUAAAUUGUCAGAUCGAAUCUGUACUGAAAUUGCAAGUAUAUUAACAGAUUUCAUAAAAAUACACAGCCACAGAUCACACCUAUAUUUCAUACAUAGACCUCAGCCCUGUGACAUGUCACUAGCAGAUGUGGUUGCAUCACAGCUUACAAAAAAUUCAAAAAUUCAAAUGAUUUUAUAUCACCUCCUUGAAAGGCAAAGUGGAGUUGCUGAUACUGUUGCUCUAUCACUCCUUAAUUCAAAGUUUUUAGAUAGAAUUACAUGGCCAUUGACUAUUAAUGACAAGACUAUUAUUGAAAUUUUUGCAAUGCUGUGUACACCUAAUGGUAUUCCUUUUGAAGAAAUGCAAAAAUAUAUUUGUACUGAGUUAGAAAAUGGAAGGAAGGAGAUUCCCAUAUUUAAAAUUGUUGAAGAUGGAGUACUGUACCAUGUAAACGGUGGAAGUUUUGUUCUAGAAAAUUUUUCUGAAAAUGCAAAGGUCAAGAUCAAUUAUUUUAUAUCUUUACUGGAUUUUUUUGCAGCUCUUUGCAAGGGAGGUGAAAGAGUAUCAAGUGAUUUCGUCAAGAAGCAUUGCCCAUUUGACACUAGCUGUUUAUACCCAGGUGGUUUAAUAGACAGUGUUGUGAAUGAUAGUGUCCUAUGCAACAAGUUGAAAUCAGCUUACUUAAAGUGCAUUAUAUCUGCAUAUAUUGAACCAAAAAUUGAAAAUUCUGGUAUUGACAUUGACAACAUAUGGCACUGCUAUUUUUGGAGUAAAGUUAAAAAAACAAACAAGACCAGCAGGCCCUUAUAUGCCUCAAAUGUGGCAGAAAGUAGUCUUAUGAAACAUGAACAUAUUAGGGAUAUUGUAGAGCUACUUAAACAAUGCAUUACCAUUGCAGAUUGCAAACUAACUACAAAGAGCUUCUUUCUCUCUGAUUUAAUGGAAUUGUUUAAUACUUUGAUUGCAUAUGGACUCUGCUGGAAUUGUAAAACUGAAGUCCCGGACAACUUCUUUACUGAUGACAAAACUGAACUUAAAUAUUUAAUAAAUGAUGAAGGAGAUGAAGUCUUUAUUAAUUUACCUUUACUUGUCCAAAUGCUUGAUGGAAGAGAUGACACCAUCAUGAUUGCAGAGAGAGGAGUUGAUGUAGGUUAUAGCUACAGACAAGAGAAUCUGUCCCUUUUCAGGCUAAAAGUAAACAUCAUCAAGGUGUUGCACUCUUUUCUAAAGCAAUUGAUUUAUUUAGGGCUUGAGAAAUUUCUCCUUAUAUUUGCAACUGAAGAAGGAAUUAAUCCUGGUGGAGUGAAAAGUCUUUUUUCUGAUUUAAAGCUGUAUGAAUGCUUUGAUAUAGCAGAUCCAAAGGGCCCUAGUGCAGAGGAACCAAAGGGCCCUAAUCUAAAGAAAGUGUUAGAAUGUUUAAUGCAUUAUCCUAAUGAUGAAUUGAGACAGGCUAGUGUCGCAUUACUUAUUGACAUACAUGACAUGGAGCACAAAAUGAUUGAAGAUGCAAAAAAUUCUUAUCUUAUUUUUAAAGAGGAUAGUACAGUCACAGAUUUUACUAAAAGGGGAAGUUUUACGGACGCUAAUAAGUCAUUAUUGGUAUUAAUACAAGGAUUGGGAAAUAUUCGUACAUCAGAGGACUUAAAAUGGUAUGGUUGUGCUAUGGUUAAAAAAGAUAACAAGAAUAAUAUAGUACCACGAAGGCGCAUUCAAAUGCUAGCAUAUACAUCUGGUAUUUUUUCAGCACUCAUGGUAUAUGUGUUGAAAUUCUCACAAAGAGUCUGUCAUGCAAAUACAAAUCAGCUCCAACUUCUUAAUCGGGCAUUUAAGUUUCUGCAAUUAAUGUGCCAAGGGAAUAAAAUGGUGAAAGCAAAGAUAUUUGUCAGUAUCCCUCAGUUAUUAAAAGUCAGGACAGGAGUUGCUGCAGUUGCUCAUUUGCUGGCUGAAGUAUUUGAGAAAAACAGAGAGCUUUGUCUAAGAAUGAGCAACAAUGAUAUUGAGUGUAUGUACACUCUGGCCAGCACUUAUCACAGUGACAGUAGUGAAUAUUUGAAAUUUUUUAAAACUCUUGGUAUUCUCAUGAAACCGGACACAGAGGGUUCCAUUCUUAUUCAUCAGCAAUUUCUUUUUCGACUUUUUUUGGAUUCUUAUCAUGAUUGCUUCAGUGAUGUUCUGAGCUCUGAGGGUAUUAGUAAUGCAGUAAAUCUUUUAAAGGAAUCCAGCCAGAAAGAUGAAGAAGUGAUAUAUGCACAAAAUAAACUGCUCUGUUUGACUGAAUUUUUAGCAGCUUGUAGUGAAAGGUAUCAAUUUGCUAAAGACAAAUGUUGUGAAUUUUUCUCAUUACAUCACCUAAUCAAUAUAAUAAUAAACAAUGGAAUAGAUAAGAAUUUCCAAAAACCUUUUGUCCAUUUCCUUGAACAAGUAUAUUUAUGCAACAAAAGACAAUUAAAACACUCAUUGCUAAUAAUGUCAUUAAAACAAGUUGUGUCUCAAUUACAAGAUAAUGAGACUUCUGAAAGUAGACCGCUAUACCUACUAUGCCUAGAUGGUAAACAACUGGAAGAAGUUAAAGAAUUACCUGAGGAUGAUGAAGAAAUUCAAGAAAUGAAAAUAAAUGAAGACUGGCAAAAUUUUGUUGCUAAUAUUGCUGUGAACACAAGUCAUAUAGCUGGGACUAGUGGCUCAAAUGCUAAUCAGUUACUCCAACUCUACGAAAAGAGGUUCCGCUAUCUCCAUCCUAAAAGAUCUGGGCAAGAAAAGCUGGUUGAAAUCUUUGAAGAAUGUAUGACUGAAAUCAAAGAGCUCAUAUUUAUUAUUGAAGAACAAUUACAAGGGUCCAGUGAAGAGAAUAAUGUAAUUUUGGUAAGAGCCACACAUAAUAUGUUUCAAAUCUUUGGAGUUUUUCAUCAAUGUAUUAUCAAAAUGAAUGAUUAUCAUUUUAAUAAACUAAAGUCAAACCUUCAAUUUUUAUUUUUAUUUUCUCCUCAUGAUGUUGAAAGAUUUCUUUUACUAUCAAAGAAGGAAGAUGUGAGCUUGUAUAUUUUGGCAUUCUUUGCAGUCUUUUUCCUUUACAAUGGGGAAAAUGACUCUGAAAAGGAAAGGCUUUUGGAGAUACGUAGUGUUGCUAUAGGAAACAGAAACCUCUUCAAUAUAAUUGGCAGGCAGAUACAGAGAGCCACAGCUGAAUUAAAUAAGCCUGGACCCAUUACACAAAAUUCAAGACUUUCAUUACCAGAUUCACACUUUGGAUCAAUCAAUGAAGACAGUCAAAGCAAUAAUGAUCUAUCAAUCAAUGAAGACAGCCAAAGCAAUAAUGAUCUAACAGGUGUACAUGUAGACCAAGUACCUAAAGUGGAAUUGAAAGUUGAAACAGGGACAGAUUUAAUUUGGCAAGCUGGGUUAUCACUAGAUGUGAUUAGUGCUAUGUGCUCUGGACAGAAGGAUGAAAUGCAGGAUAAAAUGAGACUGGAUCCUUCUACUGGAAUACACUUUGUCAGAGAUACAGCAAUUCUCCUCAGCAAGUUAGCUAAUUUAGAAAUUCAUUCAAGUUUAAUUGAAUGCAAGACCAAAGCAAUACAAGCACUGAUUGAAAUGUGCAAUGGUAACAUUGAAAAUAAAAAAGUAGCACUGGAUGGGCAAGUGAUAGACUCCAUCAACCUCAUACUCAGCACUCCCUGCAAUGUAGCGAUUGUGGAAAUUGAGGAACAAAAGAUGCAGGGAGUAGCAAUUAAAUUGUUGCAAAUCCUGUUGGAAGAAACUUGUAAGGAAAGUAAAAAAGUUAUACAAAUGGUUUGCACUAACCUGAAAAAGGACAAAGUUGUAAAGUUCAUCGUAGAGAUAUUUGGAAUUUAUAAAAUUGAUCGUGAUGACAAUUCACAAAUCCAUGACCUUUCUAGUCAUCUAAGUGCUAUGAGGCAAGCGGUUUUAAAAGCCUAUCAUGUUCUGAGAACUGUAGAGGAUCAUGACAAAUCAUUUAACUUUACAAUACUUUUGUCAAUUUAUUUAGAAAAAUGUGACAAAACAAUUUUUUCAGAAAAAUGUGACAAACAAAUAUUAUGGAAUAUUUUGAGCUAUUUGGAAGAACGUUCACACAGAAUUGAAGUGUUUUAUGAAGAUACUAAGGGAAGUGGCAUUCUGACACGUGUUUAUUUUCCAUAUGCUCCAUCGCUUGAACUAAGUGAGACUGAAAAACAUAUUUUCAAGCAUAAUGUGAACCGAGAAGAUAUUGAAGACAGGCAAGAGAACCUCAUCCUUUGGACAAAAUCUGCUCACAGGAAUUUUACUCACAAGUCUAAAUUGAAGAAAAUACCACCAUUAUUUAACGUGCUAUUUGGGUUUUUCAGUGAAUUGUUUAAUUUUCUACUGAUACUACUAACCAUUCUUUUAAAUCUGCUAAUUUUAUCACUGUAUAUCAUUCCAGACAGUGUCAUUGACCAACAAGGGGCCAAUUCUUCAAUUGUAAUCAUCACAAAACCAAACUUGCGUUUAGCAUCUUACUUUUACUGGCGACAUGUCUUCACCAUUCCUCAUUUAUUGCUGAGUUUAUGGAUGACAGCUCAGUAUUUUAUUACUGAGAAGAAAAACUUCAUUGUGAUACCUUAUGGCUUAAAGAAUGCUCGUUAUAAAAUAGAAAUGUGGGUCAAAAAACAUUUUAGAUAUUUUUAUAAAAAAAUUUUACGUACACAAAAGACAAUUUUUGCAUACGAGAGCUACACUAAAUGUUAUGAAUUUAAUUUGUUGUCUUUUGGCACUCUCUACCGCUUAAUCUUUGUCCUGUGCUCUAUCUUGGCUGCUUCAUCAAUAAGUUUUGGAUAUUUGUACUGCAUUUGCAUUCCUUACACUUUCAUGAGACUCCCUCAGUUACAAAAUGUAAAGAAAACUCUGGAAAUAAAGAAAUCACAGUUGUUCUCGCUCACUUUGGUCCUCUUUGCACUUCUCUGGAUUUAUGCUAUCAUCUCUUUCACUUUCCUUUAUAGCUUCUUCGAUGUAAAUCAGAAUCUUUUCUGUGAUUCACUAUUUGAAUGCUACAUCACUGUUUUAAGAGUUGGUUUAUUCAGCUCCUUUGGAGGAUCUAUACCAUCCACCUAUGUUAAUCAACCUGGUCCUGACUUUACCAUCUUUGCCUGGAGAGCAAUAAUUGAUGUCUCGUAUUAUUUGAUUAUUACUCUUAUUAUACUGCCCAUUGCUAUUGGUAUUUUUAAUGACGGUUUUAGCAAACUCAAUAAUGAAAUGGCAAUGAUAGAACAAGAUCAGAAGGAUAGGUGUUUUGUAUGUGGAAUAGAGAACGAUGUAUUUGAGAAACAUGUAGAAAUAAGUGAUAGAAAGGAAAGUCCUUUUUGGGUGCACACUCAUGCAAAUCAUUAUGUAUAUAGUUACAUAUACUACGGUAUAUGGGUCAUGUCAAUGCCUUCAGAAAGGCUUACUGCUAUUGAAAGAUAUGUGUGUGACAUGAUUAAUAGUGGCAAAACUACUUUUUAUCCCAAAGAAGACUCUAAGGAUUUGGAAGGAGUGGAUUGGAAGAAAAAAACUGAGCUAAAUUGCUGAUUGCUGCUGAGCUGUUAAUUCUACAUAAAUUAACAUCGCUGCUGAUGUUAAUUCUACAUAAUCUUGCUGUGCAUAUUUUACAUUUUAGAAGAAAAAUAUUUUAUUAAGAACUGUCUAAUGAAAUGUCUAAUACAUGUAUUUAUGAGCAAAAGUGGUAUGAGGUAAAUAAAAUAUAAAAUGUAUAAAAGUCUAGCUAUUAAUGUAAUAAAAUAAUACUAUAAAUUUAAUCUUUCUAUCAUGUACGAUCACUCAGUA